GGGGACUCGAGCGCAGAAGGAAAAUGUCCGCGGUGCCUGACGGGAAGAAGCUGGUUCGCAGCCCCAGCGGCCUGCGCAUGGUCCCGGAGAACGGAGCCUUCACGUGCCCGUUCUCCCUGGACGAGCCGCGCUGGGUGCCCGACAGAGAGUGUGCGAGGUGUAUGCAGUGUGACACCAAGUUCGACUUCAUCAGAAGGAAGCAUCACUGCCGGCGCUGCGGCCGCUGCUUCUGUGAUAAGUGCUGCAGCAGGAAGGUGGCGCUGCCGCGCAUGUGCUUCGUGGACCCGGUGCGACAGUGCUCCGAGUGCAGCCUGGUGUCGCAGAAGGAGAUGGAGUUCUUCGACAAGCAGCUCAAAGUUCUCCUGGGAGGCGGAUCUUUCCUCGUGACUCAGGGGACGUCCGAGAAGUCAGAGACGAUGACGUGUCGCCUCUCCAACAACCACAGGUAUCUGUUCCUGGACGGGGAAAGCCACUUCGAGGUGGAGAUGUCUCGGAUGUCCACCAUGCAGAUCCUGACGGACGGGACGAGUCCAGGAGAGAAUGACAUUCACACUUACACAGGUCUGCUGGACAGUCACUGUGUAUCUGAAGGAGGCACGUCUCGGGCCAGCGGCAUGAUGCUCCACUACAAGCCGAUGGGCUCCCAGGACGCCCAGCAGCUCCGCAUGGAGGCAGCGGACGACAAGAAGGUGGCCUCACUGUGGUUAGCUGCAAUGCACAAGGCGGCCAAGCUGCUGUACGAAGCUCGGGACCAGUGACGUGCAGCGCGCCUGCGGGUCGCACCACCCAGCACACACCCAAGUGUUCUGUCCCCUUCUUGCCGGGGGUUCGAUAUCUUUUGGAUUUGUAUCAACGCCGGUUCUGCUUCUGCUUCUCCGUCUGAUUCCUCCUCGGUUCUAAUUCUCAUUCAAAUGUUUUCAACAAAGACAUGUUGAUAGAGAAAAACAAACUUUAUUACCUCUUUAACCAGUGCAUCAUGUUUACCACACGCAGGCUGAUUGUUCUUCAUUUGGCUUUAUGAUUUAUGAUUUAUGAUUUUGUGCUUUGCCAGGUCUGGAACAGGAGAUUCUUCAGUCAGACUUUCCUGGUUUAAUACAAAUGAAGUAACACAUGAAUCAGGGGAUUCGCAGAAUUAACGUUUCAACAUAAAAGUGUCGUCACUACUUUCUUUUUCCAAGUUAAACUUUGACGUCUUAUUAUUUCACGACGUCAGAGAGUUGUUUCUCUUUAUAUGCUGCUGUUUAUGACCCGUGUGUGAAGGAGGAUUCUAUUUCCUGGUAGAAAUGAUGAGACACUUUCUGGAUCCCCGUGGGGACGUUUUGGGUUGUUUUUAUUUUUUAAAUUUUUUGCUCAAGGGACCUUCAGCAGAUCUUCCAGAUUAAACCUGGUCGCCCGCAGGUUAAAGGACAGAUCCACCUUAAAUCCCUUUAAUGAGGAGAGGAGAGCAGCCAAGUGUAGAUAGCAGCACAUACAGGAACUGUUGAACGGCAUUCUGGGAAAUGUAGUUUCCUCUAACGGGAGCAGAAGCAGGAAACUUUCAGAAUAAUCCCUGAAAGAGCAUCACAGAUUCAUUCACUUUCUAUAGAAGCUAUGUCAGGCGGUGGAUCUUUCCUUUAAUCGUCCGUUAUAGAUUUAGAUUAUUAAAACGUUCCAGUGACACGUUAACGUUCUCAGUUUCUUUUCUUUCUACUCAAAGUAUUAACAGAUUAAAAUCUGGAGGAAGCGACGGAUUCUUCACUGAUUCUAGGGAAACUCAGUUGAUGCUUUAAAUGUAGUUUCACGUAUUGGAAGUUUUGUACGAGUUAUUUUGUUUAAUAUUCCUACUUUAACACAAGUUGUGUUCGUACUCAUGUAUUUUUUAAUCUGAAGUAUGACGAUAGUUUUUGUAAAACUUGUGUACAGCUCUUCCUUUUCUCCCUGUUCACAUUUUUGUCCUCGUCAUCGUGCAGAGACGCGACCAGGACGUCAAACCGCCGGCAUCAAACCACCGGUCAUGUGUGGUCGAGUCGGACGGUUCAAGAGCUCGACAGGUUGUUAGUUGUGCUUCCGAGGAAAUAUUAAAAACAGAAACUUAGUCCUGACUCAGAUGGGGAAAGUGUAGAUUUUAUAUUUAACCAGAGCAAGAAGGAGUUUACGUUUGUGCUGCAGCUUUCUGUGUCUCUGAAAAUCAGAUUCCAACUUCCUGUCGUCGAUAUUUAAGGUUCAACGUUCACAGAUCAAUUCCCUGACGUUUGUUAUCUCACUUCAAGUUCCCUCGUUUAGUUCUGAAGAAAAAGAUUUGAAUCUCAGUUUGAAGACGUGCUUCUGUAACUCCAUAACCUCGAAAAUACAUUUGAGCUUUAACAUGAAGGGAAUUUGUGGAUUCAGUCAAGAUGAUGCAAGACUGUAGAUUAAGCUCAAGUGUUGGGACACAACUCAGUUUUUGGCUCAGGAGAUUUAACUGUUAAUAAACUUUAUUGACAGUGAACAUGAAGACAAACAAACUCCACCUGCUGAGGAAGAACAUGAAAAUCUGCUCAGUGGACUUUGAGUUUAAAUCACCACCCUGCACGACCUAAGAUCUGAUCCUACACCCCAGUGAAAAGUGUAAAAUGAUAAAUGUACAGUUUUGCUUCAGCCGCUGACACUUGGUGCUUUAAGUAAUCUUAAGUUUUUUUUUAAAGUCCUGCCUGCACCCGCGUGUCUUCCCUUCCUGUCUGAGCCUGAAGACUCUUUGGUUUAACGCGGCUCCGACCGGUUUGUCGACAUUCGUGUCGCACGGAGUGAAAACUUCCUCCUCCUCCUCCUCCUCCACUUUGUACCGUAAAGUUUAUUUUUAUAUGCUGCUCACCUAAGAAUUGAAAUCACAAGUUGUUUGGUUCGAGGCUCCAGAUCAGAGACGGAGGAGAAGAUUGAGAGGAUCUGGGGAAACAGUCGGGGGUUCGAUGCCCAUCCAGUUUGUUCAACACAGUCGACGUCUGAAGAUGUCGAUUCUCUUCCAUUACACUUCUGUUUGCUUGUGGAGAUCAUUAUCUGCACAGUUUGUGUUGUAAGUUUGCACCACCUGUGAAAUCACCACGUUCGUGUUGCCCCCCCACUCCCCACUCUGUGACUCUGCCCUUCUCAUCACACGUCUGGUUUUAUUCUGAAAUGCUUCACUUCACCUCCUGUUGGUUUAUUCUGUUGAGAAUAAAAAGAAGUGUUUAUACGUC